GCUCGAUGUGUCACAGCCUGCGCCAACACCGGCGGCCAACGAUCUGCUAUCGGACCUGGACCAAGGCUGGCGCCAAGUUGACCCGGUGUACGAAGGACCUUUGUCAGUUGCGGCCGGAAACGCCCAGGAUUCGUUCUGGAGAGGAGUUGCAACGAACUACACGACCUCCUCCCGGAACUCCUCACCGAAGAUUGACGCUACCUCGUAACCCACAAGAUCUUCCCCGACCCGGGCAAGUUGCUACAUCUAGCGAUGGCGGAGGGGUUGGGAAAGCGUCCAUGGCGGUUUGGGCGGUUGCUGUUCGGCGGGUUCAAGUUCAAUCGACUGCAAUUUGAGUGGUGACCAUUGGGUGACCUGGUGGAGAAGCGAUUCGGCGGCCCAACUCAACGAGUGUACCCUGACAGCAAAGCGAGUCAGCGACGACGCAACGAUGCUGCCAACGCCCUGCCAAAAGAAGUUCCCGCCUUCGACCGUGAUUGCUAGUUAAAAGUAUAUUAUUUAGAAUGUAAAUUAAAGAAAAAAAACACGUGCGUUUAAAUAUAAAAACAACCUUUGUUA